CAUGGAUUGGACGCGCGGGAAAUGCAUCGGAAAGGGCGCUUUCGGCACGGUGCACCUGGCCGUCGACAGGGCCACGGGCCACGCCUUCGCGGUGAAAUCGGUGGACGCCAAGGGCGGCGCGCCGGCCGCGGCUAUGGCGUGCCUAGAGAGCGAGAUAAGGAUCCUCAAGCGGCUCAGCUCACCGUACAUCGUGGCGUACCUGGGCGACGACGCCACAGCCGCGUCCAUGAACCUGCACAUGGAGCUGGUCCCGGGCGGCACCGCUGCCGACGCUGCGACGGCGACAGGCGGCCUCAGCGAGCGCGUGGCGCGGCGCGUCCUGCGCCCAGUAGUUGCCGCGCUGCGCUACCUGCACGACGUCGCCGGGGUGGUGCACGGGGACGUCAAGGGCCGGAACGUGCUCCUCGGCUGCGACGGCGCGAAGCUCGCGGACUUCGGCUCGGCGAGGCUCGUGUCGGAAGCGGCGCCCCGGGGCCCGCGCGGCACGCCGGCGUGGAUGGCACCCGAGGUGGCCCGCGGCGGCACGUCGACGCCUGCGUCCGACGUCUGGUCGCUCGGCUGCACGGCAGUGGAGCUGCUCUCCGGGAAGCGGCCGUGGUCGGAGCUCGGCGGCGCGCUGGAGGUCGGCGAGCUGCUGCUCCGCGUCGGGUUCGGCGAGCAGCGGCCCGAGCUGCCCGCGCACCUGUCAGACCCCUGCCGCAACUUCGUCGACAGGUGCCUCCGCCGCGACGCCGGCGAGCGGUGGACCUGCGAGCAGCUGCUGUGCCACCCAUUCGUCGCCGUGGACACUCAAGACGAUGACGACACCAGCGAUCUGUCGCCGCGAGCGGUCCUUGACUGGGCGGCGGCGUUGGACUCGGACUCCGACGCGUCGUGCAGCUGCUCGGAGGCCGACAUGGACGAGGAGCACGAGGUCAUGGCGCGCGCCAAGGGGAGGAUUGCCGAAUUGGCAUCAGACAGGACGCGCACAAGCUGGGCGCGCGAGUUGGAUGAAUGCCCCACCUGGGCGUCCGACAUCUGGGCCCCACUGCCCGGUCACGAGAUGUCAACAGUCGACGAUGCAGGAAAUGGCGGCGCCGGCGGGCCCGGAGUAAGCGGUGACGGUGCCGUCGUCACCGGCGGCUUCUGCGGUGUCAACUGCCGUGUUUGCUGCGACGAUCGCUGUAGGAUCCAUGAAUGUUGGUCUGGGGCUGAUCGGCCUAGUUUGCCGCCGUUCGCUAUUGCGUCCCGGUUGGUGUCAUGUAUUCUCUCGCAUUUGAUUCAAUCAAAGAUUUUAUCUGAGCAAUCUGGCAGUAUUUUUUUUACUUACAGCUUCUGUUCAUGCUUCUUUCAUGGUUUUGACUCUUGA